CUGCUUUUAUUCUAAGCGGAUGACGAGGUUACCCCUAGACCUAACGGACAUCCCAAAGAACGGAAAGAGCCCAGACCUUUCAGGAUCCUUCCUCCAUCCAGCGCUGGCGACACGCUCUACUGCUUGAAUUCUAAGCGGAUGACGAGGCUACCGCUAGACCUAGUAACGGAUAUUCUGCUUCGGCAACCGGUGAAAUCUCUGUUGCGUUUCAAAUGUGUGUGCAAGAUAUGGUGUUCUACGAUUGACGGCCCUGAUUUUGUCAAGCUCCAUCUGGAGGGCUCCCUGAAAAAUGGUUCCAACCUCUCCCUCAUGUUCAAAAGCUUGCAUCUCUACAGCAUCGGUUUUGAAUCUCUCAACACCGGGGUGGAACUCGAUCACCACCCUCUUUGGGAUGGAUUUGGAUGCGAGACGGAGGUGGUGGGUUCCUGUAAUGGUCUGGUUUUGUUGGAAAAUUCCCCCGGAAAGCUUGCUUUGUAUAACUACUCCACCAGGAAGUACCACCAGUUGCCGGUCGAGCCAAUCCGGAUGUUCGAAAGGGAAUCCGAUGAUCCUCCCUACAUAUGUUAUGGGUUUGGUUAUGAUUCCGUCAAUGAUGAUUAUAAAGUUGUGAGGAUGGUUUUGGGUUCAUUCUGGGAUUCUGGAGAAGGAUUGUCUUCUCCUGAUGCUGAGGUUGGGGUUUAUAGUUUGAAGUCCGAUUCAUGGAGAAGGGUUUUUUCUUUGCUCUCUUUAUACAGGCCGUUUUAUCAUAAAUAUUUCCAUAGAUGGUGUGGUGUGCUCGCAGGUGGUGCUCUGCAUUGGGUUUCACCGCGUGACCCUGUUAAUGAUCGGCCUAAUUUCAUUAUUGGUUUUGAUCUUAGGAGUGAAGAAUUUUAUAGGGUUUCUCAGCCUGAUUAUGAGACGUACAAUUUUGACCUGGAUUUGAGUGUGUUGGGAGGUUGCUUAUCUGCUCUUUGCAAUUACAAUUCACAAUGUGUUGAUGUGUGGGUGAUGAAGGAAUAUGGAGUGAAGGAGUCAUGGACCAAGUUGUUUAAGGUAGAACAACCUCGACUACAAUUUUUAAAGGCUUUGGCUUAUUCGGAGAAAGGUGACCAAGUUCUCUUCCUAAAGAAUGAAGAGAAGCUUGUAUGGUAUGAUCUCCAGGAAAAACGAACCAGGAGGGUGAGAACUGCUUGUGUACUGGGAUCGUUUAGUGCACAGUUGUGUCUUGGAAGCCUUGUUCCGCUGAGUAGAAGUAAAGGGGCGGAGAAGCUGCUGGACAAGAAGGAAAAGAGGAAUAAGAAUAAUAGAGAUGAUUUCCUGUCAGAAGGGUUCAAAUUGGUGCUGUGAUCAAGUAGAAGAGCGAAGUCAACAGAGGUGAACUAGAGAUCAAAUUGGUGCUAUGAUCAAGUAGCCGAGCAAAGUCAACAGAGAUUGUGAUUACUAUGGCCUGGCUAAGGAAACAAUUAGUCUAAAAUGGUUGUGCAUUUGCUAAAAUUGGUGGUUAACUUCCUGCUGCUUUUUGCUGGUUGAAGAGGUACUCGGGAGCUAUUCUGUUGUGUCCAUUGCUAAAAUGUCCUAGCUGUUCUGUUGGUCUGGUAUUACUUGGAUGUAUAAGUUAGUAUGUCUUCAUCCUUGUACUUCAUCUAAUCAUGAAUGAUGAAUUUCGACACAUUUUAACCACAGGAGAGGUAGAGAGAGGAGAGAGAGAAACUUGGAGGAGCUGGAGUUUGUUUGCAUGACAAUUGUAAAAGGAAAACCACAUUUGUAUCUUUGCGCUCGUGGUGGGAAAGUUGGCUGUGGUCCUCGUGGAAUCACGUUGUGGAACAUUGGUUCUCCAUGGAGUUAGCUACCCUCUUCAAAAGGUUCACAUGUAAGCACAUGAAAAAAAAAAACAGAAAAAAGAAAAAAGAAGGUAAAAAGAAAGCAUCAGAUUCAUUCUCUAGUGGAAUUUCGGUUAGGUCUUGUUUGAAAUAGGAAAACUAUUGGUAUCUUUUGCUUUACUUCUGAACGCAUACAUACUCGAAGUUAAGGUCAAAAAAAACAGAAGGAAAGGUUUGUUGAGGAAUGAACAUCUUCAAAGUUCUUACAUGUUAAUUUUUGAAUUUCUUGUCAAGUACACUUUCUUGUGAACAGUUUUGCAUGUGAGUCACCUUCAGAGUGGCUUGCUGGAUUUACUU